ACUAAAAAUUGUACAAAAUUUGACGUUUACAUAACCUAAAAUUUUAAUAACUUUUCACGAAGAAUUAGCUUAACUGGGCUUUCAAAAUGUGUAGUUUAAUUCGAAGCACACGAAAUCUUAUAAAGCCUCAAUUUCACUGUGCUUGUUACUCAGCUUUGAAGCAGCCAAAGCCGGAAGAACCAGACGAGACGUUAUCGAAGCCUGUGGAGCCCCCAAAGCAAGCAGAUAACAAACCGGCAGUAACUGAACAAAAGUAUGAUUCCAAACUGGUUACUAAAGAAGAUAUGAAGUGGCGUACUCCAUGGCAUCAAAGGGAAGCGAGUUUUUACAGUACUUUGAGGACAUUUUAUUCAGAGCAUAAUCAAAAUGACUUACUUAAACUUCUGCAAACUCCUAUCAACUUAACCCCUUCUGCAAUUAAGAAAUGGUGGACUGAAAAAAAGGAAUUCAAAGAAAUGAUGCUGCAGUCGUAUAUUCCUGAAAGAAAUCAAACAUUGGGUAAUGAGUUGGCUGCUGCUCAUUUUAUAGUGCAUAGAGGAGGGGCUGUCAAGUUUUACAACGAGGACUGGUGGAUAAAAGCUAACAAAUAUAAUGAAUACAAAUUGCCGAGGUUUUAUCAGGAGGAUAAAGUGCUGCAAGCUAUUGAUUGUACUGAUAUGAAUUUGUUUUAUGAAGGAUUAGUUAAUUUAAAGGAUUUGAAACAAGUUGAGUGGUUGAGAUUUAGUGGUGUUGAAAAAUUUGACGAUUGGUAUUUGGAUAGGAUUAGCAAUAUGUUCAGACAUAGCUUAGUAUAUUUAGAUAUACGGGAUUGUCCAAAUUAUACAGAAAGGGGCUUAGGUGCUUUACAUAGAAUGGAAAAACUAAAGAUUUUGUGUAUUGAUGAUAUGUUAAUGACUGAGUCGUUUGAAAUGACAUGUUUGUUGUUGCAAGAAGUUAAUCCAGACUUGGAUAUAAAAAUUGGUGAUUUUGAAUAAAUUAUACAAAUUUCUAGUUUUAGUUAAGCGAUAAACCUUUGUAUAAAUAAAUAUUUGUGAAUAUA